AUGUGGCUGUGGACAGCUCUACUCCUAUGGGUUCCAGUUGGUGGGCAAGAGGACCCCACGAAGGCUGUGAUCACCCUGCAGCCUCCGUGGGUCGAUGUGUUCCAAGAGGAAGCCGUGACCUUACAGUGUGAGGGGCCGCAUCUGCCUGGGGACAGCUCUGCACAGUGGUUUCUCAACGGCACAGCCAUUCGGACCCUGACCCCCAGGUACUACAUCAUUGGUGCCCAGGCCAAUGACAGUGGUGAAUACAGGUGCCAGACGGAGCUCUCAGCACCAAGUGAGCCCAUGCAGCUGCAGGCGCACAGAGAUUGGCUGCUGCUCCAGGUCUCUGGCAGAGUCUUCACUGAAGGGGAACCUCUGACCAUGAGGUGUCACGCAUGGAAGAACAAGAUAGUGCACAAAGUGAUUUUCUAUCAAAACGGCAAAGCCUUUAAGUAUUCUUUUCAGGAUUCUGAACUCACCAUUCCAAACACCAAUGUGAGUCAUGACGGCAUUUAUCACUGCUCGGCCAUGGGAAGGUAUCGCUACACAUCAGCAGGAGUGUCUGUCACUGUGCAAGAGCUCUUUCCGGCUCCAGUGCUGAAGGCAUCCUCCCCACUGCCCCUCCAGGAGGGGAGCGCGGUGACGCUGAGCUGUGAGACGAAGCUGCUCCCGGACAGCCCCGCCUUGCGCCUUUACUUCUCCUUCUAUGUGGGCAACAAGACCGUGCAGGCCAGGAACGUGUCCUCCAGAUACCAGAUACCACGUGCCGGAGGGGAGGACUCGGGCUCGUACUGGUGUGAGGUGGCCACGGAGGACGGAGGGGUGCGGAAGCGCAGCGCCACGCUGGAGCUGGGGGUGCUCGGAUCCCAGCCACCGCUUCAUGUCUGGUUUCAUGUCCUUCCGUUUCUGGUAGUUGGGAUAUUAUUUCUGUUUGGCACCAUUCUCUGUUUGAAACUACGUAAAGAAUGGAAAAGAAAGCAAGGGAGGACUUUAGAAAUCCCCCUGUCUUCUGGCCCUGUGAAGAAUAUAACUUCCCACCUUCAAAACUACAGACAUUUGGAGGAAGAGCUGGGGGGCCAGGAGCAAGAAGAGCUGGAAGAAAGGGCGCCCCCGAAGCUCCAGGAGACGGAGCUUCCGUAG